AUGUUGUCUGCUAACCGUAACGCCGCAGAAUCCCUGGAGCCAAUCAAGAGCGAAGGAGCAUCACAGAAGGAUGUAAACCCGCCAGUCGAUCAACAAGCUGUGACUUCCGAGCCGAGAGACGUCCCACUUGGAUCCACCACCGUUGAAGUGCAGCAAGAUGCUUCGUCUGAGACCCGAGUUUAUACGGUCUACGCAAGCGACGUCCACAACGAAGCCCAGGUCAAUGAGACGCGCACUUGGCUCAAGAGCCUUGUCAAAGACAAGGACAGGAUGCGUGACGAGCUGGGAUGGACCUGGGACACCAUCGAAGAUUUCCCUAGAGAAGAGUGGGACAGGCUGGCCGAUGAAGGCAGGUUAGAAGAGGAGUUCGACAAUUACGAAGUGGUGCGUUGCUGGUCAGGCGUGGUCUUGGACCAGGCUGGAUACGAGAAGGUCGCAGCCAAAACGGAAUGGAUAGAGGCUAUUGAAGCUAACCUACACACUUCGGACAUGAACGCACGUGCACUCCCGACAAAGACAUAUACCGUCUACGCAGCCGACAUCAGGAACGAGGCCCAAGUCAACGAAACUCGGGUUUGGCUUGAAGGUUUGACCAAGGACAAGUCUAAGAUGCGCGAGGAGAAGAGGUUUCCCUGGGAUGAGCCCGAAGACAUACCAGAAGACGAACUCGACAGAUUGUACGACGAGGGCAGGCUCGACGCCGAGCUUGACAAUUACGAAGUAGUUCACGCGUGGGGAGGCGUUAUACUAGACCAGUCAGGGUACGACGAGGUGGUGGCCAAGAAGGAAUGGGUGGAGCAUGUCGAGGAUCCGAGUCAAUACCACGAAGUGAAGAUGAUUGCUGUCCCCAGAAUGGGUAUCAAGACCCCGGGAACUCUGGAAGCUCGGAAAUUCGAAUGGGGAGAUUGGCAGAAGCAGGAGGGUGCAGCGCGGGACUUGGUCCAAGCCAGCUGUUACGACACGGACUACGUUUACGAGAAGAGAGCUGGAGAGGGAGUACAUGUGUAUGUUUUGGAUGAUGGAGUACAGGUGGAUGUCAAAAAGGUAAUGACUUACCUCACAUACGUUGGUGACAUCGCUCUAACCCGACUCCAGGAAACCGGCGAAAAAGUGUUUCCAGGAUUCGACGACGAGCAGGACAAUAGCGGUAUCGUAGAAACAAGAGCUUUCACCAACCAAAAUGCUGCGCACAACAUUCGAUGCGACCAUUCCCCCAAAGGCCACGGAACGAAAGUAGCGUCCAAAAUCGUUGGGCAGUGGGGAACCGCAAAGGGAGCGACACUGGUGCCGGGGCAGGUCAAACCGGGCGGAGACGACAUUGACAACGGGUUCGAAAAGAUUGUUGGAGAUGUGAUCAGACGGCGCAGGAAAAUACCAGGGUUCCAAGCUGUUGUCGUUAUGAGCAGCGGCACAGAACGCGCCGUCGGAGACAAUGGUCACAAGGGCUACACACGAGAAGAAGCAGAGAACGAUUACAGAGCAAAGCGACAGAUUCUCUGGAUAAAGCAGUUAUUCAGUUACGGGGUCCCCGUGGUGCUCGCUUCUGGUAAUGAAGCCGAAACUGAAGGCCGAAAAGUCAUCGACCAUUUCCCCCAGGUCUUGGAGACAGAUGACUUUCCCAUUAUCAACGUCGGGGCUGCCACGCUUGCAGGCAAAGCGGCACCUUUCUCACAAGGCCUGGGUACCCAGCAAGAUCCAGAGAAGCGCACACAGCUGACUAUCUACGGUGUUGGAGUGGAUGUCGACGUCCACGAUCAAUAUGACGGUGCAGCAACGCAGGAUUCGGGUACGUCGUUCGCUGCACCGGCAGUGGCAGGCAUUAUUGCUACACACAUGAACUACGAAUCCUGGGACCAGAGCAAGCAAGGACCCGACCGAGUGAAAGAAAUCAAGAGAUGGAUUACCACGCCUGAGUCGAGCUGGGAGCGUGCCAAAGAUACUGACAAGCAAGUCAACAUGAUCUGGAAUGGCGCCGACAAAGCAGCCCACGACAGCGUCUCCAACAACCAGUCGCCCAGCCCACCCCCUCAAGCACCAAAGCGCACCUUCACCGUCGGCCUCGAACAAAUCACGACCCCAGAAUGCUCCAGCGUCAUCUCUAACCCCGACUUCCCUCCACACGAAAGCUGCAAGUUCAAAUACCAGAACCGAUACUUCUUCUACCGCCGCGACGACGACAACCAUGAACCCGACAGCCUGUGCACCUCUCCACUCAACGACUUCCACCAAGACGAUCAAGACGCGACGACUGAUGAGAAUCUAUUCGAGCAUCCGACGUGGCCGGCGGGAGAGUGGACGCUGAAUCUCUUUGGCGAGGAAUAUGUCUACAGGAAUGAUGGGCAGAGUCCCGGGGCGCUGUUCAAGGGCGAGCAGCAGAUUGGUUGCGCCGGAGAUCUGGAAAACCAUGAUCCUCUGUCGGAUGAGUUGUGUGAGAACAGUCUGACCAAGGAGGAUGGGAGGAAGAGGAAAAGGAGACGGCUGGUUGGUUGCACUUGGUGA